AUGCAAGAAGACGAUAAAACAACACUCAGUUAUCCAUUUGCAUUAAUGUUGAAUAGUCAAACAGGUCGUCUCAAUCAUGAUAUGAAUAUAUUAAUUGAUCAAUAUACAAUGAUACCUGAAGAACAACGAAGAAAAUAUAAAACAGACGGUUUAUCGUGGGGAAUUAGCACUCUGUUUCCUCGAGCAAAAUAUGAUCAAUUGCUUUUAUGUUCACGAUAUAUUGUUUUUCUUUUCACUCUUGACGAUUAUUACUGUUCAUUUAGUUUCGAAGCGAUAAAUUUAAUAUUUAAUGAUUUUGAACAAAUACUAAAUGGUCGGCAAAUGCCUAUUGAAAACGAUCCAACUCAAAAACAAUUAUUUCAAUUACGACAUGAAUUACUUCCGCAAGUAACUUCAGACUGGAUGCAACGGUUUAUUAAUGAUCUUAGAUUUCAUUUUGAUGGAAUGUUAAUGGAAUAUCAGUACGAUGGAUAUCCAUCAAUCAUUGAUUAUGUAAAUAUUCGUGAAAGAUUAAGUGCAUGCGAUUCUUUACAAGAUUUGAUUGAAUUACAGUGUGGAUUUUUUUUUUCGGAAAAAGUUAUGCAGCAUCCAUUUAUGAAGCGAUUAAGACAAUUAACAACACGAAUGACUGGAUUUUGCAACGAUUUUUAUUCAUGGCCAAAAGAAUUAAAACACGGAGAAAAAAUGAAUCUGAUUUUAAUUAUUCAACAUGAAAUGAAAUGUUCUAUUGACCAAGCAAUUUGUGAAGCUGUCAGAAUGCAUGACGACCAUUUAAAAGAAUUUAUUCAAUUAGCUGAUCAAGUCAAUACUCUUGAGUUCGAUUCUCAAAAUAGAGCUGCUUUGAUAAUAUACAUUGAUCACUUAAAACUAUUUAUACAAGGCCACCAUGCUUGGCACUCGCAUAGUCGACGAUUCAAAAAAGAAUAA